GGCUUAUCCCCUGCAGGUCAGCUCUCCCUAGUGCACUGGCCACACCAAUGUGAGGUCAUCAGGGACAGAAUUGAACACAUUGAUUGGACACCCCCUAGGCCUGAGCCAUUGUACACUCCAACAGGUUUGGAAAUGAAGCCAUCAUACCAGGCUGCCGGCGAGGGCACUGUGAUUUAUCUGACAGAAGAAGCUAACAAAGAUUCUGGUUUUGUGUAUUCUCGAGUCAGAGGUCUCUCCCCUUCAAAGCAGAUCCAUGAGAAUGGGGACAACACAUUGAUCUUUGAAGCACGCUUUGAAAGUGGGAAUUUGCAGAAGGUGGUCAAAGUUAAUGAAUUUGAGUACCAGCUGACACUGCGCACUGACCUCUACACGAGCAAGUACACGCAGUGGUACUACUUCCAAGUGAGCAACACGCAGGCCGGGAUGCCGUAUCGCUUCACCAUUGUCAACUUCACCAAGCCCAACAGCCUGUACAAGCGUGGCAUGCGCCCUCUCCUGUACUCGGAAGCAGAUGCCAAGAAACACAACGUUGGCUGGAGGAGGACGGGGAAUGAAAUUAAGUAUUACAGGAACAGUGCAGGCCAAGGUGGACGGCAGUAUUUCUCACUCACUUGGACAUUCCAGUUCCCUCACAACAGAGAUACCUGCUAUUUUGCCCACUGCUAUCCUUAUACCUACUCCAACCUUCAGGACUAUUUGGUGUCCAUCUCUAAAGAUCCGGUGAAGUCCAAAUUCUGCAAGAUCCACGUCUUGUGCCAUUCAUUGGCAAGAAACAUAGUGUAUGUUCUGACAAUCACCAACCCCCAUGAAGGUGACACAGAAGCAAAGAGGAAGGCUGUGAUAUUAACUGCGAGGGUUCAUCCAGGGGAAACAAACAGUUCCUGGAUAAUGAAAGGCUUUCUGGAUUACAUUCUUGGCAAUUCAGGCAACGCUCAAGUGCUCCGGGACAAUUUUGUCUUCAAAGUGAUACCAAUGUUGAAUCCAGAUGGUGUGAUUGUGGGAAAUCACCGUUGCUCUUUAGCAGGGCAGGACUUGAACCGCAAAUACAAAUCUAACCUGAAAGAAUUUUAUCCUUCCAUCUGGUAUACCCGAAACAUGAUCAAAAGAGUGAUGGAGGAACGUGACAUUAUUCUGUAUUGUGAUUUCCAUGGUCACAACAGAAAAAAGAACGUCUUUGUAUAUGGUUGUGAAAGAAAGCAACAAGCAAAAGCACCAACUUGGCAUCCACGUGUCUUUCCACUCUUGUUGAGCAAGAUCUGCCCAGAUAAGUUCUCGUUCCCAGACUGCCGUUUCAGGGUACAAAAGAGUAAAGAAGGCACAGGCCGAGUUGUAAUGUGGAAGAUGGGGAUCAGCAACAGCUACACUUUGGAAGCCUCUGUCUGUGGCUCUAAGUUGGGCCAGAGACGAAGCACCCACUUCAACACAAGAGACUUAGAGUCAGUAGGACACCAUUUCUGUGAUGCUCUCUUGGACUACUGUGUUCCCAAUGUGAAGGAACACGAGGAAAUGGUGAAACAGCAAGCUAAGGUGACCUCUGAGGGCCUGAAUUCUGAUGUGUUAGACAGGGAUUCCAGCAGCCAAACUUCUGACAGCUCAGAUUCCUGUGAUCUUGUUGCACCCCAGCUAAAUCUAGGUACUAAGACUCAAGGCAUUGAAAUGUUGCAUCAGACAUUUCAGGAACUUGAUCCAGUAGGCAGAGCCGGCUCUCCUGGAGUGAUUGCUGACAGCCAAGCUGCUCAGGAACACGUGUCUCCCCUCAAGGUCAAUAAGCUGGCACUAGCUCACUGCGACUCUACAGAGCAAAGAGCGCACACAGAGCAGCCAUGUGCAUCAUCUCCUGUAGUGGGAGUGUAG